CCCGUCCCCUCCCCUCCCCUCCCCGUCUCGUCUCCCCGUCCCGUCCCGUCCGCUCCCCUCUCCUGGCUCGGCCCAGCGCGGCCCGCUCUCCCUCGUUCCCUCCCUCUUGCAGCCCGCUCUCCCUUCGCUUCCCUCCUCAGCCCCGCUUCGGGAAUCCCCCUGCCUCCGACCCCUGCCUUGCUGCCGCCGCCGCCGCCGCCCACCCCAGAGCCGGGGGCCGGCAGGGCCCGGCCCUCUGCCCCCGGCCGCUGACCAUGGCCGCCCUGCCGGACUGGAAGGUGCAGCUGCUAGCCCGGCGGCGGCAGGAGGAGGCGGCCCUGCGAGGCCGGGAGCAGGUGGAGCGGGAACGACUGACCCAAAUGCCAGCCUGGAAGCGGGGGCUCCUGGAGCGACGCCGGGCCAAGCUGGGGGCUCCCGCGGCCCCGCCGGUCCCCGGAGACCAGGUCCCGGACGCCGAGGUCGAGGCCGGGACCCCGGAGGCCCCGGAGGCCCCGGGGGGCGAGGCCGCCGUGCUGCUGGAGGCCAUCGGGCCGGUCCACCAGAACCGCUUCAUCCGCCAGGAGCGCCAGGAGCGCCAGCAGCACCAGCAGCACCAGCAGCACCAGCAGCAUCCACGGGCCGGCGAUGAGCGAAGGCUGGGCCCCAGGGAGGGCCGGGGACGGAGCCCCGAGGGGACGGAGCCCCGGGAACGGAGGCCGAGCCCCGGGGAGCCCCGCCAUCGGGGGCUGAGCCCGGGAGAGGAGGCCCGGGAACGGAGGCCGAGGCCAGAGGAGGAGGCCCGGGAACAGAGCCCGGGACCAGUCGAGGCUCGACGUUGGACGGCAAGCCAGCAAGAGGCCAGAGAGCCGAGCCCAGGACCGGCUGAGCCUCGAGAGCAGCGCCUGAGCCCCGGGGAGCCUCGGGGACGGAGCGGGGGACCGUCGGAGGCUCGGGAACGGAGGCCAAGCCCAGCCGAGGCCAGGGAGCCCAGUUCAGAGUUUUCAGAGGGCCGGGAAGGGCGGCCCGAGGCCCAGGACCCGAGGCCGAGGCCCAGCCCGGCGGGGGCCGGAGCGCAGGGGCCGGAACCCCGGGAGGCCCGACUUCCGACGCCGAGCCCAGUGGAGGCCCAAGACCGGGACCCCAAAGGGGCAGAGCCCCGGGGACGGAGGCCCAGCCCAGAGGAGGCCCGGGGACGGAGCCUGGCGCCCGGGGACCAGGGGCCGAGCCCGGCUCCGAGGGAGGCCGAGGAAGCAGAAGGGGGCAGGCGGGGGAGCCCCGGCCCGGGCGGAGGCCCCGGGAGGCGGCAGCCGGCCCCGGCGCCGCCCAGGGACCCCCUGAUGAGCCGGCUGUUCUACGGCGUGAAGGCCGGGCCGGGGGCCGCCGGGCCGGGCCCCCCGCGCCGCAGCGGGCACACCUUCACCGUCAACCCCCGCCGGACCCCUCCCGCCCCGGCCCCGGCCCCGGCCCCCGCCCCCGGCCCGGCCCCGGCCCCCGCCGCCCCCGGCCCGGGCAGGAAGCGCUACCCCACGGUGGACGAGAUCCUGGUCCUGGGGGGCUACCUGACCCUCAGCCGCAGCUGCCUCGCCAAGGGACCCCCGGAGACCAACCGCAAGCAGCUCAGCAUCUCCUUCAGCGAGACGGCCCUGGAGACCACCUACCAGUACCCCUCGGAGAGUGCCAUGCUGGAAGAGCUGGGACCUGAGCCCGAGCCCCCGGCGCUCCCCGCCGCCCCUGCCCCCGCCGGGGGGGAGGAGGAGGAGGAGGAGGAAGAAGAGGAGGAGGAGGAGGAGGCGCUGCUGCAGCGGGAGCUGCGGGGGGGUCUCCGCACCAAGGCGCUGCUCGUCGAUGAAUCCUGCCGCCGGUGACCCUCCCAGUUCCGCAGGCCGGAGGGAGGGGGAAGGGCCGGUACCCAGGGGGUUUUGGGCCUUCCCUGCGGCCUCUGGGUCCACGGGCCCCCCCGCGACGAAGAACCGGUAACUGAGGACAAGGUCCCGGCCCCGGUCGGAUAGGGGCGGGCGGCGGGCGGUUGGCCCCGGGACUAGAGGUCAAAAGUCAAAGUGUGCCGGCCCUUGCUGCAGGGCACUGUCGAUGGGUCGUUGAGGCCUGAAGAGUCCCCUGCUGGCCAGGGUCCCCCCGGGGGGGGGGGGGGGGGUGCUGGACCCAGAAAGGGAAGGUUCCCUCCAAAGGGAUGGGUGAGUGGGGGCCCGCCGCGCCGCGCCCCGCCCCGCCCCGCCGCGCCCCUCCAGGACCCCUGGGUCCCGCCCUCUCCCCCGCUGCGGUUUCCGGGCAAUGCCUCUGGGUUGGGAGGGGGCCGGUCCGGGCGCCCCCCCCUCCGAGCCUCCGCCCACUCGUGUUUACAAACCCCGCCCCCCGCUCGCCCUUCGGCUCGCCCAAGCUCCGUCCCGCUGGUUUACACGUGACGUCACGGAAGCGCCGGCCAAUGAGCGUCGCUCCUCGGCCUGCCCCGGUCCCCCGCAGCCCGCGAAGC